GAACGACGACGACGGAAGACCGCGCUGGAUUGUCCUUCCUGUCUCUCACCCUCCAUCUCACUGUAGUAUGGUGCGGCUUGGUUCUGGUAGAGGAACGGUCACCGUCCUCGCUUUGAGUUCGGGCUACUCGCCAUGGGUACUCCGAAAUUUUGCAGAGGAACAGUCACUGUACAUAAUUUUAUCUCCGUGCGCAUUACCCCCGUUGUUUAUGAACACUGCGAUUGUCCCGAACGGCCUCUGUCUUGCAACCCCUCGUCGGCCGAAUGCAUGGGAACCGCGUUGUACACUCGUGUACCUCCGCUGUGUAACGCCGCUCGAGCUCGAGCCUCCACUUCUCAUAAGCCACCAUCGUCUCUCACGACAUGUCGCCUGUUCUUACGCCUCCCAGGCACACAGAUGCAGCUAGCAGCGCUGCUGACGAGCAGCUGGACGAAGCCACCGCGCUGGCCAGGCUGCUGGAGGUCUCAACGAUUGUUUUGCGGCAGGCUGUCGAUCUAGUCGAUACAGCCCUCACCUCGGAUGACCAGUUAACAGUGCAGUCGCAGUAUCUCCCUGGAUCAACAAUAGGGAAGCACUUGAGACACGCGCGAGACCAUUUCGUAUUGCUGAUGGAGUGCCUGUCAACGCCGUCGCCGCAUAUUCUCAACUACGAUGUGAGGUCGCGCAACACGCCUAUGGAGAGUAGUCGUCAAGCAGCACGAGGUGCCUUAGAUGCAGCAAUCGAACAGUUGAACCAGACUGUACCAAGGGCAAAGAUGGAAGAGCCCAUCACACUACGCGCUAUCACGCCAUAUCCGCAGGUUGUGCAGACGACAUUUGGGCGGGAGCUGUGGUUCGCAGGGCUGCAUGCAGUUCAUCACUGGUCAAUGGUACGAGUCAUCGCUGGAGAACUUGGCAUUCGUCUGGAGGAGUCUUUCGGUUUUGCGCCCUCUACAUUGGUGCACAACAACUCGCAAGCGCCACUCGGCAAGCAUAAAAUGUAGUUUACUGUCGAUCGUGGUCUCAGUUAAUUCCCGUCGAUACUGUCCUUGGUACUGUCUAGUCGUGGGCCCGUGCUACGGUUUCUUUGAUAUGAACGAGACAUUCAUAGCCGCAUUCAUGAUUUCUCGGAUGUGGCGAAUGUAAAUCUCCGUUCGAGCCUGCGACCCUGCUGCGACCUGCAGUUGUGCAUGCAGCCUACGUCAUUUGUUAGGAUCAAAAGGCUUUGCCAAACACGAUC